AUGACGUCCACCACCGCUCAAGGCUUMCUCUCUGUGCCGGACGAGAACGCGCCCUCGAUCACCCCGGACAAUGAAGCCCUCCAACCAGAUCCCGGCACUGAGGCCGACUUUCAACGAGAAAACAAUCCUUUCGAAUACACCCCGGGUCAGCUGGGAAAGUUAAUUAAUCCCAAGAGCUUGGGCGCCUUCCACGCGUUGGGAGGACUGGUGGGGCUGGAAGAGGGCCUCAAGGCUAGUCGACAUACGGRAAUAAGUGUCGASAAUGCGGAGGAUGUGGAGGCGAGGACGCGCAUCUUCGCAGACAACCGGCUGCCGGAGCGCAAAUCCAAGAGCAUAUUCGAGCUCAUGUGGAUGGCAUACAACGACAAGAUCCUCAUCUUGCUGACUGUUGCUGCGGUUAUUGCCCUCUCACUAGGCACUUACCAGGCCGUCAGCGAAGGUAGUCCCGAAUGGAUUGAGGGUGUUGCCAUCAUUGUUGCAAUUGUCAUUGUCGUUAUGGUCGGCGCUGUCAACGAUUUUCAAAAGGAAAAGCAGUUUGCGAAGCUGAACAAGAAGAAGGAUGACCGCCAAGUCAAAGUAUGCCGCUCGGGCAACACUCAGGAGAUCAACAUUUAUGAUCUGAUGGUUGGGGACAUCUUGCUCGUUGAGCCAGGCGAUGUCAUCCCAGCCGACGGCAUCUUCAUCAGUGGUCACGGUGUCAAAUGCGACGAAUCAUCUGCCACUGGUGAAUCUGAUCUGCUGAAGAAGACCCCGGGCGACGAAGCCCUUCAUGCUAUCGAGGCCCGCGAGUCGCUGAAAAAGAUUGAUCCCUUCAUGCUGUCCGGCGGCAAGGUCACCGAGGGCAUUGGUCGAAUGCUUGUCACUGCCGUUGGCGUUCAUUCAUCCCACGGCAAAACAAUGAUGGCACUCCGAGAAAGCAACGACAUGACACCUCUUCAAGCCAAGUUGAACAACUUGGCGGAGUACAUUGCCAAAAUCGGAGGUUCUGCUGCCCUGCUUCUGUUCUUCGUUCUGCUGAUCAAGUUCUGUGUUGGCCUGAAGAAUGAUAACUCCACCUCCGCCGAGAAAGGACAGGAAUUUAUCAAAAUUUUCAUUGUCGCUGUGACGAUCAUCGUGGUGGCAGUUCCCGAGGGUCUCCCGCUUGCUGUAACACUCGCUCUGGCGUAUGCAACGAAACGUAUGCUGAAAGACAACAACCUGGUACGAGUUCUACGAUCAUGCGAAAUCAUGGGCAACGCAACCACCGUCUGUUCAGACAAGACUGGUACACUCACACAGAACGUCAUGACUGUCGUCGCCGGUGCUCUAGGUACCACCCAUAGAUUCAGCGGCCGCACCGAGGGUAAUGUACUCGAUGUCAAUGUCGAGUCGAAAMAGAUGCAUGACGGCGUGGAGGACAUCCCUACCGCAGAGAUGAUCCCGCAGCUCGGAGAUUCUGUAAAGCUUCUGUGGAAAGACAGUAUUGCAAUCAACUCAACCGCUUUCGAGGCCGAACAGGAAGGAAAGCAGGUGUAUGUGGGCUCAAAGACCGAAACAGCUCUCCUGGAUUUCGCCCGGGACUAUCUAGGAAUGGACCGCGUCAGCAUCGAACGAAGCAACGCCGAGGUUGUCCAAAUCCUUCCUUUCGACUCUGGACGGAAGUCCAUGGCAAUGGUGAUCAAGCUGAGGGAUGGCAAAGGCUAUAGACUCAUUGUGAAAGGUGCUAGCGAGAUCAUGCUCGGUCAUUGUACCCGUAUCGUCUCCGACCCGACUCGUGGCAUCGAGUCGAAGGAAAUGAGUGGUACCGAAAAGGAGACACUGGAGGCCCUGAUCGAUGAAUACGCUUCCCGCUCUCUACGUACAAUCGGAUUCAUCUACCAGGACUUCGAGUCAGAAUCAUGGCCACCACGGRGCAUGGCUAGGUCGGAGGAUGACAAGACACARGCCGCUUUUGAAAAGUAUCCUGAUGGAAUGGUGCUCUUGGGGAUUGUCGGUAUUCAAGAUCCCCUCCGUCCUGGAGUGACCGAGGCCGUGAAAGAUUGCAUCAUGGCUGGUGUCGUUCCCCGAAUGGUCACGGGCGACAACAUCAUCACAGCAAAGGCAAUAGCUACCGAGUGUGGUAUCUAUACCGCAGGCGGCCUGGCUCUUGAAGGUCAGGAGUUCCGGAAAAUGUCCAGGUCUAAGCAGCAAGCCAUCAUACCGAACUUACAGGUCCUCGCGAGAUCCUCGCCUGAAGACAAGAGGAUUCUGGUGAAGCGUCUUAAGGAGAUGGGUCAAAUCGUUGCAGUCACUGGAGACGGCACCAACGAUGCACCUGCUCUCAAAGCCGCAGAUGUCGGAUUCGCGAUGAAUAUUUCCGGCACAGAAGUGGCAAAAGAAGCUUCUGACAUCAUCCUAAUGGACGACAACUUCGCGUCGAUUAUUAAGGCAUUGAUGUGGGGACGUGCUGUCAACGACGCCGUCAGGAAGUUCCUUCAAUUCCAGAUCACGGUCAAUAUUACUGCGGUUCUCCUUGCAUUCAUCUCAGCUGUGUCGAGCGAUGAAGAGCAAUCUGUGCUCACAGCUGUGCAACUGCUCUGGAUCAACCUCAUCAUGGACACGAUGGCUGCUCUCGCCCUGGCCACGGAUCCCCCAAACCGCAAGAUUCUCAAUCGAAAGCCUGACUUGAAGACUGCGUCAUUGUUCUCGGUCACCAUGUGGAAGAUGAUCAUCGGACAGGCCAUCUACCAGCUCAUCAUCACUCUGAUACUGUACUUUGCCGGAAGAAGCAUUCUUUCCCCCAUUUUCGCCCAGGAUAACCCAGAGAAAGCAGAGCAUCAGCACGCAACACUCGUUUUCAACACAUUUACCUGGAUGCAAAUCUUCAACGCACUGAACAACCGUCGCCUCGACAACAACCUCAAUAUCUUUGAGGGUCUCACCAAGAACCUUUUCUUCGUUGGAAUUUUCUUUACCAUGAUCGCGGGGCAGGUCCUCAUCAUCUUCGUCGGCAGCUGGGAGGUCUUUCAAGCAGAACCACAGAAUGGAGCAAUGUGGGGUUGUGCACUUGUCCUGGGUUUCCUCUCUCUACCCGUCGGGGUGCUCAUCCGAAUGUUCCCUGAUCGCAUCGCCACCAAGAUGUGCCCCCCAUUCAUCAAGAGGUGGGCGCAGAAGAAGCGUGAUAAGAGGAAUGCAAUCGUUAUCACCGAUGAGGAGAAUCAGGACGCUUUUGGCAUGGCCCUGUUGGAGAUUCAAGACGAACUUGCUUGGUUGAAGAAGUACAGGGGCGGACGUAUCAACAGCCUCAAAUUCACCAUUGCACAUCCGAAGGAGGCUUUGUUCUCGUCCAGCCGGAGUCCUAGUCGCAGUCGGGCGAGCUCUACGGGUGCGGCAAUGGCUGGCAUUGUCGCCGGUUCGAUCGCCGGCGGAUGGUCACCUGGGGGAGAGCGCAGAGAGGGCGGGCUUUCACCUGUGGAACCGAGGCAGGGUGGAUUCUCACCUGCGGAACGCAAAGGACCCACUCAGGAUGGUCUGAAAUGA